AUGUUGAGGAUAGUUUACAGAAAUGCACAGCGCAACAUGCCAACAGCCGAAGGAAUCGGCAGUGGACCUCAAGGUAGAAUCAACAAACUGAGACGCCUUGUUACAAACCUGCUUAGAUUUGAAAGAAUUGAAGAUAAAGCAUUUUAUUUGGAUGAAUCAAGAGGCUAUGCUGAACUGAUCGUACAGGAAGCACUGAAACAUGGAGAUAAACACAAGCCAACUAUGGACAUGCUGGAUUAUUGGAUACUGGAAAAGGAUUUAAUUUACAAGUUGUUCAACGAGCUAAUACCAAGGUAUAAAAGUUAUGACAAAAGCAUUACCAAAAUUUAUCAACUUCCAACAGUCUUUCCCGGUAAAGGAGUUAAAUUAGGAGUUCUUGAAUUAAAAGGUGAAAUUUUCAAUUUCCUUUUCUGUAAUAAAAUCGCAUACAGGUGUUGA